AAAUUACCUAGCAAACGUCAUUCUGACAACUCGCGUCCUGUGUUUACCAAGUGACAUGUCAACAAUUCAUAAUAAGUGCAAAAAUGAGUGAUGAGACGAGUAAUUUAUUAAAACUAGUCUUCCCCAACGGAUUUCCCAGUGCAUGGGAAUACAGCACCGCAUUCAGCGACUACAUUUCCCGAUUAGGCACAUACAAAGUUGAGGAUUUGUCACGAGAACCCGCUCGUUUGAACGAGGAAAAGGCCUCAAUUCAUGAACAGACCCAGGAAUUGGCUGUCACUAACUAUAAAACGUUCAUUGAAACGGCACAAUGUUCGCGCGAUUUGUUCACUCAAUUCAAUACAAUUGAGGAGAAGUUGGAUAAUCUUCUCGAAGAUAUACCCGAAUUUGAAAAGAAGUGUCAAUUAUUUGGGGAAGAAACAAGCGGGAUUAACAAUUUGCGACGGUUGAAUUCGUUGACUCUGACACGAAAUGCACAGUUGCUCGAAAUUUUAGAACUUCCACAAUUAAUGAACUCGUUCAUUAAUGACGGUUUGUAUGAGGACGCCUUGGAAUUGGCCAGUUACGUGCGGAAAUUGCAUAAUAAACAUCCGGAUGUGCCUAUAUUUAAAAGUAUUGUUGCUGAUGUUGAUAAGGCGUGGUUGUUGAUGUUACAUCAAUUACUUACGCAAUUAAAACAAGAAUUGACUUUACCGAAAUGUUUACAAAUUGUUAGUCAUUUGAGACGUAUGCAAGUUUUUACCGAAUCUGAGUUGAGAUUAAAGUUUCUGCAAACGAGAAAUACAUGGCUUCAGUCUUGCUUGAAUGCUAUUCCUAAGGACAAUGCCAAUUAUCACUUGAACAAGACGAUUGAAGUGACCAGAGUCAACCUGUUCAACAUAAUCACCCAGUAUAGAGCAAUUUUCAAUGAUGAUGAGCACAGCCCUCUAGCUUCAAUCAAGAGUCAGCAAGUCAACCAAAACGUAAUUUUCUUCACUUGGAUCCGAGACAAGAUUUCCGAUUUUUUGGCGACACUUGAGCACGACUUAAACCAAGGAGUGUCAUCAAUUGAUACAAUUUUGGCCCAGUGUAUGUACUUCGGGGUUUCGUUCAGUAAAGUCGGGUGUGAUUUUCGGUCGUCUUUGAUCCCGAUUUUUACAAAUAAAAUCGUCACAGAUUUCGAGAAUGCAAUAAAUGACGCUAUUAAACGAUUUGAAUUGAAUAUGGAACGGUUCACUCUCAUUAACAAAAAUCACUCGAACGUUCCUUGGAAAAACAAGAAUGAAGACCCGCUGCAACCUCCUGAUAGUUUGUUGGAGUUCUACCCAAUUGCUGAAUUUUUGAAUAAUGUUCUAACAGCACUGAACGAACUGAAAUUAUGCGCUCCUAUCGCGGCUGCGAAAGCUGUGGUUGAUUCAUUACAACAUGCAUUGUUAGUUAUUGCCAAAUCGAUUCUGGUGUUACAUGGGCAAGAGCAACAAGCUUUCACAGCGAAUGCGAAAGAUGCUUUUACCAGAUUGUGCAUGUGUUUUGCUGAUGAUUUAGUUCCCUAUAUUCAGAAAUGUGUGCAUAUUAUCUUCCCUCCGAGCAAUAUUGCGACUGUGUUAGGGGUAAACGUGCAAGUGUUGCAAAACGAAGGGCUCACCUUUUUGAAUAAGGAUGUUAUUGUCGAUCCAAUUAGACACUUGCUCCCUGUUAAAAUCACCCCUGUGUUAGACUUGGUUGAAAGUGAAACAAAAAUCGAAGCUAGUGAUAACAGAAAUGAAUUAACAUCGGAGUAAUAAAAAUAUUUUUUGUAAAA